GUUCGAAGGCCCGCACGGAGUAGUACCGGAUCGACCCAUCCGCCACGAGAUCAUCCUCGAGGACGGGGUCGUACAUCCGCGUGGUUGCAUCUACCGAAUGAGCGAGGAAGAGUUAAGUGUGCUUUGGGCACAACUCGACGACCUUCUAGAGAAAGGUUGGAUUCGACCUAGCUCAUCGCGAUACGGUGUUCCUGUUCUCUUCGUCCGAAAGAAGAACAAGGACCUGCGGUUGUGCAUCGAUUAUCGCAAGCUCAACGCGCAGACGAUCAAGAACGUCGGCCCUCUCCCACGCAUCGACGACCUUCUCGAGCAAUUGGGCGGCGCCCAGUUCUUCUCUAAGCUGAAUCUCAAGUCAGGGUACCACCAACUCGAGAUUCGCAAGGAGGAUGGCUACAAGACCGGUUUCAAGACUCGGUAUGGGCAUUUCGAAUGGCUGGUCAUGCCAUUUGGCCUUACGAAUGCCCCAGCCACUUUCCAAGCGGCUAUGAUGACGGAGUUCCGACACAUGCUGGAUCGUUUCGUACUUAUCUACCUCGACGACAUUCUGGUUUACAACCGGAGUCUGGACGAGCAUGUGGAACACCUGCGCACCGUUUUGGAGCGGCUACGACAGGCCAAGUACAAAGCAAACCGCGACAAGAUUGCUGCACCUAUGACGAGGUUACAGUCGCCAAAGGUGCCAUUCGUAUUCGAUGACGAUGCACGCCGGUCAUUCCAAGCACUUAAGAUGGUUAUGCUCAUGGCACCCGUCCUUAGCAUUUAUGACCCCACCUUGCCGACGCGAGUGACUACGGACGCGUCCGACUAUGGCAUUGGAGCAGUCUUGGAACAGCACGACGGCGACGACUGRCACCCUGUGGAGUAUUUCAGCCACAAAGUGCCUCCCAUCAACUCGCUUGAUGAUGUAAGGAAGAAGGAGUUGCUCGCAUUCGUGAUGGCUCUCAAACACUGGCGGCACUUCCUCCUUGGGCGUCGUAGGUUCACAUGGAUCACAGACAAYAAUCCAYUGACCUACUACAAGACGCAGGACACGGUGAGCAGCACGAUCGGACGAUGGAUGUACUUCAUCGACCAAUUUGACUUCACACCAAAGCAUGUCCCCGGCCUCUCCAAUCGCGCAGCAGAUGCACUCUCGCGAAGACCUGAUCUUUGAGCUAUGACACAUCAUGCCUUGGCAUUCGACGAGGAGCUUCAACGACACUUCAUCCGGGCAUAUCAGUCU